UCACGUAGCUGCAGCAGGUAAACAUAAGCAGAUGCAGUAAGACUUCUAGUCAAGUGACUGCGACUCCGAAGACGAGAGUAUUACAGGUCCAAGUAGUACAGUCUUAAAAGAUUCACUAAAAGACGUCUCGAGAAGUACAGGAAACUUCAUGUUGCUAUUAUUUUAGAAGGCUGACAACUCCAGUUCCAGCUUACCUUGGAAUAAAAAACAAACAAGAUGAAGUACAUCUACCCGAAUCCGUGUCUGUGGUUGGUUCUGGUGCUAACGAAUUUAAAAUUCACUAUCGGAAGGGAGUUGAACCUGGAAGCCAUUUCGAGAGAACAAAUAACAAGGUUUUUUCAAGUAGAGACUUACGAACAAGUUCCAGACUACGACGUGGUUCAUGUGAGGUCACUCGGUAAACGGGAAACUGAGAGAAAUGACGUGAAGGAAGUACACCUGACGGCUUUUGGUGAGACCCUUCGUCUUAACCUGAAGAAAAACCAUGAGUUUCAAGAUAAACUGAAAUCGAUGAAGUUCCUUGAAGCUAAAUCAUUAAAUGGAGAGCUACAUUAUCAGGAAAUAGAUGAAGAGGAAUCAGAAGAACAUAAUAUUGGGGUACCUUAUUAUGACCCAGUGACCAUGUCCGCAGUACUAAUAAGGGAGCAAGACGGAAUGCUUAAUCUGGAGGGUACGAUAGGUCACGACAUGGUAAUUAAACCCCUAGUUCUAGGUGACACCAAGAAACCGAAAACAAACCUAACGACGUCAGUCAGUGAAGUGGAAAACAGCACUCACGUGGUUUGGAAAAGGAAAGAUUUCGAAGUUGAUGAUCAAUCAGAUUAUGCCCUUCUAGAAACCCCAGUGAUGAAUAAUGAUGAAAAUAUUCGACAACGGACCAAACGUUCCGCCCCCAGGUCUGUGUGGCCGGAGGUGUUACUGAUCGUUGACCAUGAAGCUGCUAGGCUGCACGGGUUCAAUAACAGGCUUAUCAAGAGAUACUUUAUUAGUUUCUGGAAUGGAGUAGAUCUUCGAUACAAGUUACUUUCUCGGCCAAGGGUUCGGAUGAGUCUUGCUGGUGUGAUCGUAGCCAAGGACGAAGCCGCCACACCUUACCUCGCAAACAACAUACUCCCAUCCCCAAAUACAGAUGCUGUUGAUGCAGGAGAAGCUCUCAAAGACCUUGGAAAAUACUUAUACCGAGAAUAUCGUCUUCCUAGCUACGACGUAGCUGUUGUCGUGACGAAGCUGGACAUGUGUCGGCGUCGCACAGAGGGAGGUCGUUGUAACCGAGGGACCACUGGUUUCGCCUACGUUGGUGGAGCAUGCGUGGUGAACAAACGUCUCGAAAAAAUCAAUAGCGUUGCUAUUAUUGAGGACAGUGGUGGAUUUAGUGGAAUCAUUGUGGCUGCUCACGAGGUUGGCCAUCUGCUUGGCUGUGUACACGAUGGAUCUCCACCUCCUAGUUACCUGAAGGGACCUGGAGCUACCAGGUGUCCAUGGGAAGAUGGAUUUAUCAUGAGUGACCUUCGCCACACCGAACGAGGAUUUUUGUGGUCACCUUGCAGCAGAUUGCAGUUUAAACAUUUCCUCAAUGGCGAAACUGCUUCGUGUGUCUACAAUUUCCCUAAAGAAAAGGAACUUCUGCCUCGUGUUCUACCAGGAACUCUGCUCUCCUUAGAUGAACAGUGCAAGUUAGACAAAGGGACAGUGGCUUGUUUUAAAGAUGCUCGAGUGUGUUCCCAGCUGUUUUGUGUAGAUAAACAUUCCGGUUAUUGUGUCUCCUUCCGUCCUGCAGCUGAAGGGUCUUCGUGUGGGGAUGGUCAGGUUUGUCAGAGUGGUCACUGUGUACUCGAAUCUGACAACAUCAUCCCGGACUUUUCUCAAGUGAGUCGCUUAAGUCACCCACUGCCCAGAGGCUUCACAAAUGGUACUGGUUUAUCGAAUUCCAGACAGGAACAGACUGAAGAAAUCACUGAAGAAAACCGAUAUGGAGAAGACCAUUCAAGAUUUAAGAGAAACACUGACUUUAGAAAAACUGUAACGAAUUUUCCAGGAUUAUCCUGAUGACCAUCUUAUUAUUCAAGCAAAAUCGACCUUACUUCAGAAUAUUUAUGUCACGAACAUAUAUUGCUAAUUUGUUUUAUAACUUUUAUGCUUCCUAAAGUGUCAUUCAAAGUA